GAUGGCGACUCUGUGGGGAUGGAGGGCAGGGACCAUGGGGCUGGGGAGUCUCCUCAUCCCCCUUCUCUUCCUUGGGGUGGCCGAUUCCCAGCUGGUCCUGUCUGUGGGCCCCUCCCCGGUGAGGGCUGCGCUGGGCUCCGACGUACAGCUGCCCUGCACCUUCACCGUCACGGAGCGCUUUGAGAUCACUAAGUUCUACCUGGCCUGGUCUCUGGGGGGCCACAGGGUGGCCGAGUACGUCAGAGAACAGAAAAUCUACCAGCAGGGAUCAGAGCUUUUCCCCGAGGAGCUGAGCAGGGGGAACUGCUCCCUGCUGCUGCGCCAAGUGGCCGUGCGGGACGGAGGCAGAUACACCAGCACCGUCAUCUACACGCCCGACAAGGAGGAGAAGCAGCUGGAGCUGCAGGUGACGGCUGCUCCCAGACUCUCCACCCCCCGGAAAGCAGGAGUGUUAAACGCAGCGACCUCCUUCCCCUGCCACGUGUGGGGAUUCUACCCCGGGGACGUCACCGUCACGUGGCUGAGAGACGGGCGGGUUCUGCCCGACACCACCCGCUCUGCCCCCCAGACGAACCCGGACGGGACCUUUAACCUCACCCUGACCUACACCUUCACCCCCACUGCGAGCGACUCCGGCAGCAACUUCUCCUGCCAAGUCAGCCACGCGGCUCUGGCCCAGCCCCUGCGCGAGGAGUUCCCCCUGGUUAUUGGAGCUCCUCCGAGAAUCUCUGUUCCCAGGCAAUCGGCCGUAAGAAAUACAGAGACCUUCUUCUCCUGCCACGUGUGGGGAUUCUACCCCGGGGAUGUCACUGUCACGUGGCUGAGAGACGGGCGGGUUCUGACUGACGCCACCCGCUCUGCCCCCCAGAGGAACCCGGACGGGACCUUUAACCUCACUGCAAUUUACAUGUUCACCCCCAUCGAGAGCGACUCCGGCAGCAUCUUCUCCUGCCGCGUCAGCCACGCGGCUCUGGCCCAGCCCCUGAGGGAGGAGUUCCCCCUGGCUGUCACAGAGGCGCAUGGUUCCACCACGGCGCUCACAGCAGUGCUGGGGAUCUCGGUAACACUGGCCACGGUGACGACAGCGUUAGCCACUUACUUCUGGUGCCGAUGGAAAGGCCGCUGUGCCCCCACCAGCACUGAUGGGAAAGUUCCCUACUCCGUCUGCAAGGUACCAGGCAGGGGAGCCCCCUACUCCAUCUCCGAGGUGCUGGGACCAGAGUGGUGUCCCCUGGGACAGGAGGUGACCCUGAGUUGCUCCAUGGAGGGGAAGUUCCCGAAGGACACGGCUGUGACGUGGGAGCGGAUACACGGACAGGACAGGACGGUGAUCGGGACUGACGGGGUCAGUGAGGCCGGGGAGGGGCCUGACCACCAGCCGCUGUUACACCCCCAGCCCCAGCGCUGGAGAGCGACACAGGAGAGAUCAGAGACCUGCCUCAUGGCCUCCCUGAGCUUCACCCCCACGGUGCAGGACGACGGGGCCCGGGUCAGGUGCAGCUUCCACCACGAGGCCAGAGGGAUCCGAGAGCAGCGAGAGUCCGGGGAGAUCCGGCCGUGGGUCCGGCCGCAGGUGUCCGGGAUCCAGGUGUUACCGCACUGGGAGCCCCCGGGGGAGGUGCCGUUUGCCGUCCAGAUCCAGAACUUUUACCCCAGGGAGAUUCACCGGAUCCAGUGGAGCUGGGACGGGGCAGAGAGCAGGAGAGACGAGACCCCAGAAAUCAGCCAGAACCCGGAUCUCAUGUUCAGUGCUACCAGCAUCUGGAGAAUCCCCAGCCGGGAACUGAACCGUCCGGAGAUCAGAGUCCAAGUGUCCGUUCAGCAAAGCCCCCGGGAGCCCCCGAUCGAGAGAGAGAUCAGAGCUGAGGACACAGGUCUCCUGCGGCCCCCGGAGGUGUCGGAAAUCUCCCAACCGGAGUCAGUGACGGCGGGGGAGGAAAUCACCCUGAGCUGCCGCAUGACGGGGCAUUUCCCCGGGGCGCUGAGUGUGACCUGGCUCAGGAGGGGCCGGGGGGCCGGGGCUGCUGUUCCCCUGCAGGGCUCUGCCGAGUACAGAAUCAAGCCCGGAGCUCCCCGCACACAGGACGGGAAAAGCUUCCAGCAGGAGACGAGACUCAGCUUCACCCCCUCGGUGCAGAGAGACCAGGAGGCCGAGUACGUCUGCCGGGUGGGACACGUCGCCCUACAGACCCCCCUGGAGAGACGCAGCCGGGAGCUGCAGGUGGAAGUCCCACAGGCUCCAGUUCUGGGCGAGAUCUCCCGGCCGCAGGUCCUGAGCCCCAGGGAGCCGGUUACACUGAGCUGCCAAAUAUCCAGGUUCUACCCCAAGGAGCUGAGAGUGACCUGGCACCGACGGGGAAGGGGAGAGUCGGCGUUCAGGCACUUAGACAACCCGAACACCCACAAGAUUGUCACCCCAGACCCCACAGCCGCCUCAGACAGGAAAUCCUACAGCGUGAAGUCCCAACUCCGCUUCACCCCCAUGCUGCCCGAGGACGACGGGGCAAAGUACCUGUGUUCUGUGGAACAUCAAACCCUAAAGAAGGCUGAAGUAAAAUCCACUGGGCCGCUGGAGCUGCGAGCCCUGCCGCAGGUGUCCGGGAUCCAGGUGUUAUCGCACUGGGAGCCCCGGGAUCAGGUGCCGUUUGCCGUCCAGAUCCAGAACUUUUACCCUGGGAGGAUUCACCAGAUCCAGUGGAGCUGGGACGGGGCAGAGAGAUGGAGAGACGAGACCCCAGAAAUCAACCAGAACCCGGAUCUCACGUUCAGAGCUACCAGCGUCUGGAGAAUCCCCAGCCGGGGACUGAACCGUCCGGAGCUCAGAGUCCGAGUGUCCAUUCAGCAAAGCCCCUGGGAGACUCCAAUCAAGAGAGAGAUCAGAGCUGGGGAUACAGGUCUCCUGCGGCCCCCGGAGGUGUCGGAAAUCUCCCAACCCCAGUCAGUGACGGCGGGGGAGGAAAUCACCCUGAGCUGCCGCAUGACGGGGCAUUUCCCCGGGGCGCUGAGUGUGACCUGGCUCAGGAGGGGCCAGGGGGCUGGGGCUGCUGUUCCCCUGCAGGGCUCUGCCGAGUACAGAAUCGAGCCCGGAGCUCCCCGCACACAGGACGGGAAAAGCUUCCAGCAGGAGACGAGACUCAGCUUCACCCCCUCGGUGCAGAGAGACCAGGGGGCUGAGUACGUCUGCCGGGUGGGACACGUUGCCCUAGGGACCCCCCUGGAGAGACGCAGCCGGGAGCUGCGCGUGGAAGGCUCCAGUUCUCGGCGAGAUCUCCCGGCCACAGGUCCUGGCCCCUGGGAAGAAGGUUACGCUGAGCUGCCAAAUAUCUGGGUUCUACCCCAAGGAGCUGAGCGUGACCUGGCUCAGGAGGGGCCGGGGGGCCGGGGCUGCUGUUCCCCUGCAGGGCUCUGCCGAGUACAGAAUCGAGCCCGGAGCUCCCCGCACACAGGACGGGAAAAGCUUCCAGCAGGAGACGAGACUCAGCUUCACCCCCUCGGUGCAGAGAGACCAGGGGGCCGAGUACGUCUGCCGGGUGGGACACGUCGCCCUAUGGACCCCCCUGGAGAGACGCAGCCGGGAGCUGCAGGUGACGGGUGGCCCCUUCCCAACAGAGACAGGGCGGUGCAUGAGCCGUCCUGCAGUCGCACCACGGCCAGAGCUGGGGAGAGAGAGACACCUCCCAACAGCUCGGAGGGGAGAGAACAAACUGCCCCACGCACCGCUGCUUCCACCGAAAGUUCAGGAUUCAGCCCCUGCCGUGGUUCAGUCUCUCCAGCAUCCUCCGAUGAGCAGCGCCCAGCGAGAAUCCAGCGCCAGCUACGUGUCUUCCCAGGGACCCGCACCGAGCAGGGCUCAGGGGGCAGCCGGGACAGGGAACCUUGUGGGACAAAGGGGCAGGAGUGCUGGUUUCCUGGGGCACAUACAGAGCCGCUUUUAUCCAUAAUCCCUGCAUGCGGCCAGGGGGGCAGAGACACCCCACUGCUCUGAACUGGAAAGACAGCGGAGUCUAAGUCCCUGCAGGCAGGGCUGGCUCCAGGCACCAGCAUAACAAGCAGGUGCCUGGGGCGGCCAAUGAAGAGGGGGGUGGCACGUCCAGCAGUUCUGCGGCAAUUCGGCGGCGGGGCCGUGACUCCCUCUUGCAGCGAAGGACCUGCCGCCGAAUUGCCGCCAUAGAAUGAAGCGGCGGUAGAGCUGCCGCCGAUCGCAAUCGCGGCUUUUUUUUUUUUUGCUUCUUGGGGUGGCAAAAUCGCUAGGGCCGGCCCUGCUUGCAGGUAUCUCAGUCUAGUCUCUGUCUCAUCACGUGGUGCCGGAGCACUGUGCCAGAUGUGCACAAUCUCCCCAGAGCGUCUAACCCCAGCUCCUCACCCCCGUUCCUGGGCAUGGAGCUAUUUCUCCCAGCAGCCUCCCCUGGGCACCGGUUACUCUGCGGGCGCUGGAUGCUGGGGUGAGGUCUCUGAGGCGCAGGGAUGGUUUCCGCCGGCAGGGGCUGAGCACAUGGGUCAUUCUGCUCUCCUGUGGUAGGGACCCCACGAAGCAGACUGUCCCCUAGCCAGGCCUGUCCAGAGACAUUUGGGGCCCUGGUCCCCAUCUCCGCCCAUUGCACCCCCAGUGCACAGAUGUUUGGGGGGGUCCUGGGCUGGACCCCUUUUACCCACCACCCCUGUCAGCCCUGUCCCCAGCCCCCCCUUGCUGCUGACAGUUCCAUGCUCCUGGGCUUUGGCGUGUCCACAUGGAGAGUUGUGCUGGUGUGACCCGCGGUGCGAGUUUACACGGCCAGCGUUAAACAGGCCCCGACUGACUGAACCGCCCGGAGCCGCUUACACGGCUGCAGCGUUCUCCUGGAGACCAGCCCUACGUCCUGGGGGGAGAGUCAGUCCCUGCAUCACCAGGGCCCAGCCCAUGGGGGGCUGGAUCUCAGCCAGUAGUUAAUGGGCACCCGUGUGGGUCCCAGAGCACAGGUGCCAGGCACUCUCGCUGGCCGGCGCUGGAGUUCAGUCACAGUCCCCAGGUUGGAGCCAGGCCUGGGGGUCGCACGCAGGGGUCACGGGGCCCAGGUCUGCCUGUGCCAGGCAGGGGCAGCCUCCCACUCAGCCGGGGCAGGUAUCCAGUGAGUCGUUCCCCCAGCCUCGAACCCUGAGCUGGGAACUCCCUGAACAGGGGCCAAGAGGCUGCUCCGCAUCCCUUCCCGGCAGCCAGUCCCUGCGGGCGGCCGGCCUGGUCCUGUGUCACAACAGGGGCCGGCUCUCUGCACCCCUGGGGCUGUGAUCAGUGAGUUUGCUGGGACUCGGUGCGGGGGCAUUGGGGGUGGGGUGGGGGGAGAGUCCUUCAAAUGGACCCCCCACCCCGCAGGCAGCUCCCAACCUGGACCCCUCCCCUGUUACCCGCUUUGCCUGCCUGCUGGUGUUUCUGGGGCUCCCCUGGGGAGAUGCUCAGUCUGGGCGGGGUAGGGGGAGACCUUCGAGCUCACCGGGGCCUGGCCAGGGCUUUAUACCGGGCAAUGGCAGCAGAAUAAGCUCUGGGCUGUACAGGGAAGUGGUCACUAAACCAGAGUCUGUGGAAUUUAUCCCCUUUGUUUAAGACAGUGUGAAAAUGGCCCAUCUUAGAGUCAAUUCUGCCCAGCUGGAGGCAGCCCCCACUCCCCCGCCCAGCCCUCGGCGUGGAGGGAUUCCCCUGGACACGUGACACUUGGCUCCCAACAAACAAGAGCAAGAUGCUGGGCCACAUCCCCAGCAGGUGUCAGUCAGUGUUGCUUUACUGCCCUGUGCUGAUUGACAGGCCAUUUGUGUACAGCCCCUAGCACCGCAGCGUCCCGGGCCAUGAUAGGCCCCAGGCACCUCUGUGAUACAAAUAAUGAGUGGGAGACACAGCCCAUCGAGUGACGGUGUGUGAGAGAGGAGCCAGUGACCCCACACAUUGUACAGGGGUGUGAGAGAGGAGCCAGUGACCCCACACACUGUACAGGGGUGUGAGAGAGCCAGAGAAUCUGGCCCUAAGAUUUUACUGAGGAGCCCAAAGACCUAAAGCCGGAAUCUGGACGUGCUUCGAUGCCAAGUUCCCUGGAGUGUCAGGUCUUGGCCUGUUCCCCACGUCUGUAUGGCACCCACCCAGCACAAUGGA